AGAGUUAACUAAGUCAAAGGACCGCGGUAGAACCUAGUGAUACAGCAUAAAUAAUCUACACGGGCUUCGCCGAGUAUGCAGUACAUAAAUUUUUUCACGAUUUAAAAAUUCUUCGUAUUUUAAUACCAGGGGAUAACUGAGUUAUUUAAAUGAGCUACGAACAUCGAAAUAUAACAUAUAUAUACACGGAUUUUAUAAUUAUUUAACUAUGGAUUCUCGGACUUUUUUGAGCAAAGUCGACAGAAAGCCAGUUAUAUUGAUGGUUUUGUUCCUAUUCUUAACAUAUACGCUGUGUAAUAGCAUUCCAAAUUUUGCUAGAUCUGAAGCGAGCGUCCUGAAAACGUAUUUGUUUCAAAAUGUCUCAGCGACGGAAGAUGUAUUUCCACCUUUACCAGGUAUAUUUCAAAGCAAAUGGAUACAAUAUUUUCCAUAUAUACAGUCAAUGGAAGUAUAUUUUGAGGGAAUGAAUACACUUCCUCCACAGCCCAUUAUAACUUCUGCCAGAGAGACAAAAAUUUAUAUCCCGAAUAAAAUAUACAAAUUAAACGAUAUAUUCAAAGCCAAAAUUAAAGCAAUGGAUUCCACAGGAAACCCCAAAAAAUAUGGUGGUGAUUUUUUCCGCGUGGGACUCUAUAAACCAUUUAGAGAUACUGAUGGGGUUUCUUGUGGCGUAGUGGACAAUUUGAUCGGGACUUAUGAUAUUUCGUGUCCUUUAGUCUGGGUAGGGACUGGAGUACUGAAAGUGACAUUAAUACAUCCAAGCGAAAGUUUAUAUGGACUGAUGUUAAAUUCUUCUGGAACAAAAGAACACGGUGUUUCACUUCGAGCAACAGUGAAAAUCAAUGGACAAGAGGAGUUGACGGAUUGCGCGUUUGGAUUUCCAGGAAAAUCAAAACACGAAGUUUGUGAUUACCCAACCCAAAAGAAUGGAGAUCCAUGGUUCUGCAUGAAGCCAAAUCGCCAAAUCAAUGUUCAACGAAUCUAUGGAUGGAUAGAUAUUAUGAUUCUGUAAUGAUCAAAACUUGGGGAAACGACCAUAUUUUCAACAAGGAAUAACUUGGAGAGUGAGAAUAAUGCAACCCAAUUUAGCGGUGCAAAUACAAGACGACUGGAGUAGACCGCGAUUUUCUUCUCAACUACCGCCGUGUUCUGCAU